AUGUUCCCGGUCGACCCUGCACAUGAAUCGGCACUCGUGGACCCGCUGUUCAUGCUGCGGCUGUACAAGCGAGUCGCGUACGGUCUUGUGCGGCGUCCGCACGCCGACGGCGCCCGAGCUUUGCUGCCUUCGUUCCUUUCUGUGGACGCCCGCUACGUCGAGUCGAACAACGCCGCGGUAGACGCGGCAGCGCUGCUCACCGCUGUGGAGCCCAUAUUCCCGGCGUCUUUGCUGACACACAAGGAGGUCUGUCUUCUCCUUCGUGUCCUGCCGCUGGAAGAGGAGGAGUCGGCGCCGAACGCGGAGAACGAGGACGCCUUUAGGGUGGCACAGAGGGGCAGGUGCAGUUCCGUCCCCAGGGGCAUCCGACCUGGUAGUGUCACGCUGGCGUUGCGGGAGAUCAUCCCGUUUCGGACGUGGCAGGUAUCGCAAACGGUGGCAACUAUCCGCCGCACGGUGCAAAAGAGUCCCGUCAUGAGCCCGUUUGAAGAGCACGUCGUGGACCUGUUGGAUUGGCAGAGCAGCCGCCGUCGGCAGGCAACGGAGGCGGCCCCGCCUCCGUUGGAGCGCUGGGAGGCGCUGGUGUUUAUGGAGAACACCUGUGGGCUGAGCAGCUCCGAAUCACAUGGGCUGUUGCACUACUGCGCCAGCGAGGAGGGCGACGACGCCGAGGACGGGGCGGUGACUGGCUCGUACCUGGGCUGCGAGGUCCAACUGCUGCACCAGUUGCUGUUCAGCGAAGCAAUUCCCGGUGUAGCCGAGUAUCCGCUGCUGAUGGGACGCUUCGCAGAAGCUACCCUAGAGAUUGGAGAGACGGAGGGCUGUUGCACCGGCACGCUUGCCUUCCUGAGCGUCCUGGAGUCGAUCGAGCUUCAUUACCCAGACCGCAGCCGACGGCUGUCACCAGAUUUAGAUAUCGGGACGCUGGUGCGGGGAGAGCUGACGCCGCGGCACUUCUUCUACGUAUGCACCCGGCUGCGCACCGGGUUCCGCCAGGAGGAGUCGGAUCAGCUCUACUACUACCUCAAGAAGGACAGCGAAACCGACGACGGUGUGCUCGUCGCGGACCUACUUGCUGCGUACAGGCAGUACUUCCCCUCAGUCACGGUCUCGAUGCUGCAGCUGGUGCAAGCAGCUGUGGUGCAGUGGAUACGACGCAACGCCAAGGAUGCGCCGGCAUUUGUGCAGCUCUACUCAGCGCUGAGAGAGUGGGGUGCCGCGCAUGUGCCGAUUAAGCCGUUCAUCAAAUCGCUGCGCGCUGCUGGGGUGCCGGACGGUAUCUCAGGUGUGUUGGAUGUCGAGCUCGAGUGGCUGCGGCUGAAGGCCCCAACCCGGGUCGAUUUACUACUAAUGCUAUGCAGCCCCGUCCCGCCGUCACGUGCCGCCAUUAUUCAUAAGCUGUUCGACCGGCUCGACGAGCGACAGUUUGGCACGGUUACCUGCGCUGUUGUUCUGAGGUGCUUCCGUCCAGAGCUCAUCGAGGGCAACACCUUGCGUCGGCAAGGGGCAAUUUGGAGGAAGGCGCUGGAAGCGUACACCGCGGAGUUAGGGGAGGAGGAGCUCGGCUACGACGUCUUCGCAUACUUUUGGUACAUGAUCUCCGCCGGCAUCGAGGACGACCCGACAUUCACGAUGGCCCUCUGGCAGGCGUUCGGCCUCUCCGAUGACGGCCAACGGUCUAGACGCACCUAG